AGAAUGAAUAUAACAUGCACUGGAUUCUUUUCUAAAUUGCAUUCACUUCCUUUAGGCCCAAAGUAAUCCAAUUGGCCCAUUGGGCCGACCUUAUAAUUUCCGGAGCAUAAUUAACUACACACAUAUACCUCAUUUUACAGUGUGUGUGCAGAGAGAUAAUUAUCGUUGCCGGACGAGAUGAAACUCCGGUACGCGAUGGUGUGCUCGUCGAACCAGAACCGGAGCAUGGAGGCCCACGCGCUUCUGAAGAGAGAAGGCCUCCACGUGGCAUCAUACGGCACCGGGCAGCACGUUAAGCUUCCUGGACCCUCCCUCAGGGAACCUAACGUCUAUGAUUUCGGCACCCCUUACAAAUAUAUGCUCGAAGAACUCCGCCGCAAGGAUCCUGAACUGUACCGACGAAAUGGGAUACUGCCCAUGCUCAAGAGGAACUUGGCUGUAAAACUCGCCCCUCAGCGUUGGCAAGAUAAUGCUGCUGAUGGCACCUUUGAUGUGGUGCUUACAUUUGAAGAGAAAGUUUUUGAUAUGGUUGUCGAAGAUCUACAUAAUCGAAUUCACGUGCAUCUGAAGCCUGUUUUGAUAAUCAACCUGGAAGUAAAAGAUAACCAUGAAGAGGCGGCUAUAGGCGGACGACUUGCUUUACAGCUGUGCCAGGAGCUGGAGAAAACAGAUAAUUGGGAAGAUUCCAUUGAUGAUAUCAUCAUCAACUUUGAGAGGCAGAAUCACAGGAAACUUUAUUAUAGCAUAUCCUACUAUUGAUUCCUGCAAUUUUAGUUGAAGGAUUGAGAACUUUUUUUUUCCCUUUUGAGACAGACACCAAGAAAUGGUAGAUGAGAUGUAGUUAUGUAAUAGUAAGGUUUAGGCACUAAUAUAAAAUAUUAGAGGAUUGGGCUACUUAAGCAUUGUGAUAUAUUGUGAUCUGAGGUGUUUCAUUUUGAUUUGUGGUUUAAGGUGAAUUUAAAAUGCUACAUAUUCUAUCUACUUGUACUGAUGCAAAGGGGCGAUUGGUAAGGAGUCAUAACCAAUUAAAAUCGA